AUGGGGGGCACCCUGCGGGUGGCCGUGCUGGGCGCCCCCGGAGUGGGCAAGACGGCCAUCAUCCGGCAGUUCUUGUACGGAGAUUUCCCGGAGAGCCACCGGCCCACGGCUGCCCGCUGCCUGUACCGGCCGGCCGUGCUGCUCAACGGCGCCGUGUACGACCUGACCAUCAGCGACGGACCCGCUGCCCAUCGCCCACCCAACGCCCAGGAGCGGCCAGACCUGAAGAGUUGGGGCCUAAGGGACCCGGAUGCUUUCGUCCUGGUGUAUGACAUCUGCAGCCCUGAGACUUUCGAGUACGUCAAGAUGCUACGGCAGCAGAUCGCUGAGAACAGGCCUGCUGGCACUCCCGAGGUGCCCAUCAUUGUGGUGGGCAACAAGCGGGACCAGCAGAAGCAGCGCUUCAGCCCCCGGCGAGCGCUGGCUGUGCUGGUGAAGAAGACGUGGAAGUGCGGCUACAUGGAGUGCUCGGCCAAGUACAACUGGCACGUAGUCCUGCUCUUCAAGGAGCUGCUGAGCAGCGUCCUGGCCCGCGGCUGCAAGCACGGACACCCCGCCAUCCGUCUGCAAGGGGCACUCCACACCAGCCGGUGCAGCCUCAUGUGACCACGGGGGCCGGGGUGUGAAGAGGGCGGAGGACGUCCUCAAUCCAGCGGCCCGAGGUCCGUCCACUACGGCGUGGGGGUGCCGACUGAGCCGAGGACUUUGUCUUCCCACCCCCGCCCCGGAGCCCCGCCGAAGCCAGGGGCGUUGGGCGAUCCGUUCUGCCGGCCAGAAGGGUCGAGACUGGGUUGGGGGGGUCCCGGGGCAGGGACUAUUGCGGGACAGCAGGUCGGAGUCGCGGGCCACGACCCGGCUGAGUAGCCGUCCCGUAUUCCGACCGCCUUGAGGGCCGGUGGGGUGGACGGGUCAUGGGACCUUCCUCUCUUGCAAGCGUCCGAGGGCUUUGCCUUACCAGGUGGGUGGGAGGGGGGGCAGGGCCAUGGGGAGAUGCCUGGGGCUCCCCUCCCUACCCCCACAAUAAGUGGGGGCCUAAGGGCUAUUCCAGUCACUGGAGAGGCUACUGUGCAAUAAAGAGGAGA